UUUUAGCCCGUUUUCUGAGGAGACUGACAGGAUUUCACCCUCUCUCUCUCUGACACGAUGAAAUGUGUCAUUGGGAGCAACCACAUAAAAGUAUUUGGGAGAGCAGUCCAUGCUGUAGCACGAAUUAGUGAUGAGUUCUGGCUUGAUCCAAGUGAAAAAGGGCUUGCUUUAAGGUCAAUGAAUUCUUCUAGAUCAGCAUAUGCCUGUGUCUUCUUUCCACCAAUUUUUUUUCAAAUGUACCACAGCACAACUAUUCCUGAAGGAAGUGAGAAAAAUAUACCAUUGCGUCUAAAAUAUAAAUUGGGAAUAAAGGCAGUUCUGCCCAUAUUUCGAUGUCUGAACACACUUGAAAGAAAUGUGGAGAAGUGCAUUAUUUUUAUCAGUGAUAAUAACUGCAGGGUGAUUUUUCAACUCUUCUGCAAACAUGGUAUUAUAAAAACACAUAAUCUGGUUUAUGAAGAGUGUGAACCAUUACAAGCUAUUAUUUCAAAACAUAUGUGUCCUAAUAUAUUGAAAAUCCCAGCAAGGCUGAUAGCUGAUAUAAUGAUUCAUUUUCCAACACAUCAAGAGGAAAUUACAUUAGUUGUUACUCCAGUGAAAGUAUGCUUCAAGAGCUAUUCUGAGGAAACUGUUGAUUUCACCAAAACUGUGCACACUGAGAUGUGUCUUAAUCCAGAUGAGUUUGACUACUUUCAAGUUGGAGUUGACUGCAACAUAACUUUUUGCCUUAAACAAUUGAGGGGAUUCCUGGCAUUUUCAGAAGCUACAAGUUCUCCCGUUACAAUUCACUUUGCCCUACCUGGAAAGCCCGUAAUUUUCAGUAUUGACGAUAUGGCAUUAGAAGCUAGCUUUGUUCUGGCUACUUUAGCUCCUGUUCAGAAUAUCACAUCCUCUCCACAAUCUCUCUGCUGUUCACAAAGAUUGAAAAGGUCAAAUCUGUCAAAGUCCAAUUCCGAGGUUGAGCACACAGUGCAAGAACCUCCCAUAGAAGGAACUGCGUCAAAGAGGCCUUGCUAUGAUGAGAGACAGAGCGAUGCCCCAGAAUUAGCAAGUUUGAGAAGCGCUGCUGUGAAAAGAUCUGAAACACAUGACACCAGAAUAAUAGAGGACCACAAUAAAGACCUGGAGGAGGAUAUGAUGUCAGAGACUUCAGGAUAUGGAAAGUUCCAAUCCAAUCCAAUCCAGUUCCAAUCCCUGUUUUUUGGAGCAAUUUCACCUAUGCGGCAAGACAACUUCUAUCCGGAGUUUAGUAGUCUGGUAACACCAAGUGACAACGAAGAUGACCUCAGUAAUGGGCAGCUCUCCCAAACUUUCUAAUGUUCAGUGAUGUAGCUACGCAACCUUUGAUACUAGGAUCACAUUCUAGCUGCCCUUCACAUCAAACAUCUACGUACAUCGUUAAUUCAGAGACAUCUACCUGCAGUUUCCAGGAAGACAGAAGUGUGGAACUCUUGUGUUUGAAGCACUUUAUGGUAUUUACUGUUUUAAACAUUUGUGAUUAGAAAUAAUAUUGUACAGUGUAAGAAAAUGAUUUAAACUUUUUGGGGAGAGGUUCUAAUUAUUAAGUGAGCAGCCAGGGGUGCUUUAAACGUGUAUUUUUCCCUCUUCAGAAAUGGAAAAAAAAUGUACAGUUCAUGUUUCAGUUCAGGACAUUUUCACAAUGAGACUGUUUUCCUUGUCAGUUUAAUAAACACAUUUUAAAUUUCUCCAGCUACUACAACCUCCGGGAAGUAGUACAAACAUUUGACAUACAGCCAGUAUCUAUUGCAACAAAAGGUGGUUUUGCAA